AUGCGGCUGAAGCGUGGAGUGGAGCGGGCAUCCUGCGACUUCUGUCAUCGCCGCAAGAUCAAGUGCGAUCGGCCUUUACGGGAAUCGCAGGGCCACGAUUCUUGUUCGCCGUGUUCCUUGCGAGGGAUCCAGUGUCUUCUUGAUGAUUCUGAUGAUGUUCGGCUUCGUAGGCGGCGAAGAGCAGUUGCUCAAGAUGAGGAGCGGCCGGAUCAGAGACCAUCGUUGUUGGCGACAAGUCCCGCUGAUGCAAUUGUCGAAAGCUUCCAUCAUCCAAGCGCCGAUGUCUCUAUAUUCGAUAAAGAAAUGGCACCAGUGCAGUCGGGGGGCCUACAACAGUUGUUGCCGUCUUAUUUUCCGCCAAAUAUAGAUGAUGGUAUCUCAUCAUCAUUGGAUCAGUCGCCGGACUUCUCAUUCAUUGAUACCCCUUUUGAACUCAGUCCAGAGAGCAUCUUAUUCCUGGACCAAAUCUUUAUGGGUGGUUAUGAAGCACCACUAGAUUACCUUUUACCACAAACCAUGACGGAUGUUGAUAUCCAAAAUUGCGGUCUUGACGAGGCGACAUUCCAUGCAUCAUUACACGCUUACUUUGAUUUUGCUGCGGUUCACCUUCCCGUUCUCAUAGAGGAUGCUUUUUGGCAAGAUUACCGAGCUGGGAGAUGUAGCCUUGCCCUCGUUUAUGCUAUUGCCUGCCGAGGUAUAUCUUUCUCAAGUCCUUUGAAGAAUUGGGACACGCAGCAACUUCUGGCGCUGAAGUUCAGAGAAAAGUUCUUGGAGGCCCAGCAAGUUUCAACCGGCAAGUCGGUCAUGCGCCUUGAUGAUCUUGAAGCACUCGCUAUCAUGGUCAACUGGAGAUACGACGAAUCACAAAGUUCGUCUUUACACUCACAGCUGGGAAGACUCUUCCUGACACACGAAGCUCUCGUCCUAGCCACACUUCAAUCCCAGAUGCAAGAUUGCGAUGAAGCAGAGCACUCAAGCACGACGGUACCUCUUGCGCGUUCAGAAGAGCGCCGCAAGCUUCUAUUUUGGCACGUUUAUGGCCUUGACGCUUUCCAUAGCUUGGAUCAGAAGACCAUAUCACGAAUCCCAGACGGAAAGAAUAGCGAAAUUUCACCAAAGCUGCCACGGCUUGACGCUGGGAGCUAUCUUGACGCCGUUCUCAGCUUAGCCAUUGUUGCGAGAGAGAUUUUGCAAGCUUUGGUGACAGUCAACACAAAACGCAAUGGCGUUAAAUGUGGCGACUUGGUGAAUAUGUACGAUAGGCUCAGUCUUUGGCAGAAACACGACUGCCCAGCUCACCUUCGCCGGAAGAGAGAUGCUGAUGGCAAAUUGAUACCUUUGACUAUCAAUGAGUCAAGCAAGACUGGAUUUCUCAAGCCAUUGCACUGCUCUAUCCUUUGGCUCCUAGAAAUCAACUGUUAUUUGCAGAUUGAAGAUUGUGUUUCUCAGUACGGUGUGCAAAAUGGAGCUCUUUUGGAAGGGGGGAUGAUGGCUCUCCGCGUUGAGUUCGAGUCCCUUCGUGCGGCUCAUGACGGAGUGGAGAUAGUUCGAUGGAUGAAGCAAUAUUCAGCUACAACCACCCGUGGCGGCAUCACCCAGAGCCAUUCUCUAACAGAUCUUGCACCAUCAAUCGCACGCGACAUUUGUGCUGGUUUAUGCUUUUGGACAUGUGGGCGCGGCCAAAAAGUGCUCCGCCAUGGUCCCCCAAGUCUUACCAAUAUUCGCCCAAGAAAUCGACAACAGGAAGCAAAAAACGAGGGGGACCAAAGGAACCAAGAUGCCAGCGAUUACAAAGAAGCUUUCAAGGAAUUUCGCAGUGCUGUGGCUACAGCAACAUCGCACAGGGACACGGAAUAUGUGCUGGAGCGGCUCGACAGGCAGAUUGUCUCGUUUGAGGAAGCUGUGGCACAGUAA